GAGCGAUUAGAGCAUCGCAAUUCACAAUUCAAUGACUCCUCCUCUCCACCUACUCCUCCUCCUCCUCCUCCUCUUCUCAGCGCCUCGGCCGUCGACGGCCCAAUUACCCACCGCCACUCACCUCCACUUCUUCCUCCACGAGAUCUUCUCCGUCGGGGACCCGGGCGCCACCGCCGUCUCGGCCGCCGGGGGCAACGAUCCCUCAGCCUUCGGUUUCGUGGGCGUCUACGACGACGUGCUCCGCGAGGGCCCCGAGGUGGACUCCGCGCCUAUCGGCCGCGCGCAGGGCUUCAACGCCGAAGUCUCCUCCCUCGCCGGCCACGUGGAGUUCCUCACGAUCUUCAGCCUCGUGUUUACCAGCGGGGAGCUCAACGGCAGCUCGCUCGCUGUCGCGGGGCGGUCUGUGGUCGAAGGCGCUGCGACGUCGGAGCGGAGCAUCGUUGGGGGCACCGGAAUAUUCCAGUCGGCGAAGGGGUACGUGGUGAGCAGGCCGCUGACGGCGCCGGCGACGCGGCUUCUGCUGGAAUUCGAUGCGUAUAUUUUACACCACUAAUCCGAUAUCAUGUAUCCCGUGGCGAUGAAUAAGCAAAUAAGUCCUUAUUUUUAAAUGCAGUAAUAUAUAACCUUAUUGGUAAAGAGAGAGGAGAAAUUUAAAAAUAUCCAAAAAUUACAAGGGUGUAUUUUAGUAUCACUUUUUUUUUAAUUUUUUUUUAUUAAAAUAGUAUUUUAUCUA